UAACUGGUCCGGCGUGGCCAUGGCGGCUAACGCGACCACGAACCCGUCUCAGCUCCUGUCACUAGAGCUUGUGGACAAGUGUAUAGGAUCAAGGAUUCACAUUGUGAUGAAGAGUGAUAAAGAGAUAGUUGGUACACUUCUAGGGUUUGACGACUUUGUCAAUAUGGUGUUGGAAGAUGUCACCGAGUUUGAAAUUACACCAGAAGGAAGAAGGAUUACAAAAUUAGAUCAGAUUUUACUAAAUGGGAAUAAUAUAACGAUGCUGGUUCCUGGAGGAGAAGGGCCUGAAGUAUGAAUGGAUCACCUUGACUUAUGCUAGAUUCUGGCUUUUUAAAAAACCUUUGAUGUUUAGAUUCUAUAAAAUGAAGUUUCCGUUAAAAGGAAAUACUUUGGAAAUAUAUGCCCAUUUUUCUAAGCUAAUCAUGGUUAUUUUGGGAAAGGAAGAGUUUUGCUUUGUUUUUUUAAAGGC